GUUACAACUAAAAACCAAUUAUUCUUCACAUCCGACAUAAAAAAUACUUUACUUGUAAAUAACUGCCACUAGUAGUCACGCAAAUUUAUCGAUAAAGGUAAUUUCGAUAGUUUUCUCCAAAAAUUAAGUGACGUGUAAGAAAAUUGUGACGAGUAAAAGAAAGAUACAUGUUUCAGAAGAGGACGGUCGUUUUUACAGAAAAUUAACCUGGAAUAUUGAAAAGAAAAUCGAGUUGUGAACAGAAUAAAUAUGCUGACAAAUUUUGAAUCAAAAUCAGCUCGUGUCAAAGGCUUAUCCUUCCAUCCUAAACGGCCAUGGAUUCUAACAAGUUUACACAGUGGUGUGAUCCAGCUUUGGGACUACCGGAUGCACACACUUUUGGAAAAAUUCGACGAGCAUGAUGGCCCGGUGCGCAGCGUAGCAUUUCACCAGCAAAUGCCAUUGUUUGUGUCUGGUGGCGAUGAUUACAAAAUAAAGGUUUGGAAUUACAAACAAAGGAGGUGCAUUUUUACAUUGUUGGCCCAUUUGGAUUAUGUGAGGACUGUCGCCUUCCAUCAUGAAUAUCCAUGGAUAUUAAGUGCCUCCGAUGAUCAAACCAUUCGCAUAUGGAAUUGGCAAUCACGUAACUGUAUUUGUGUAUUGACCGGCCACAAUCAUUAUGUGAUGUGUGCUCAAUUUCAUCCCACGGAAGAUCAAAUCGUGUCGGCUUCGUUGGAUCAAACAGUUAGGGUUUGGGAUAUAUCGGGUCUGCGCAAGAAAAACGUUGCGCCAGGGCCUGGUGGAUUGGAUGAACAUUUGAAAGGCCAUCCUGGAGCAACUGAUCUCUUUGGUCAAGCGGAUGCGGUUGUUAAGCAUGUGCUAGAAGGUCAUGACCGAGGUGUUAAUUGGGCAAGUUUCCAUCCAACUUUACCGCUGAUAGUCUCUGGUGCCGAUGAUAGACUGGUAAAAUUGUGGCGCAUGAACGAAUACAAAGCCUGGGAAGUUGAUACUUGCAGAGGUCAUUAUAACAAUGUAUCCUGUGUAUUGUUCCAUCCUCGUCAGGAUCUUAUUAUAUCAAAUGGAGAAGAUCGGAGUAUUCGUGUGUGGGAUAUGACCAAACGCAUGUGUAUGUACACAUUUAGGCGGGACGGAGAACGUUUUUGGAUACUAACUGCUCAUCCCACACUAAAUCUUUUUGCCGCUGGUCACGACGGAGGUAUGGUGGUGUUUAAGUUGGAGCGCGAGCGUCCCGCCUAUGCCGUUCAUGGUAAUAUUCUCUACUAUGUGAAAGACCGAUUCCUUCGAAAACUGGACUUUACGACAACUAAGGAUACUGUUGUCAUGCAGUUACGAGGUGGUGGAAGAUCUCCUGUGCACAGCAUGUCAUAUAAUCCUGCACUUAAUGCAGUACUGCUCUGCACACGAACAAAUAACUUGGAGAACAGCACUUAUGACUUGUGUCAAAUACCCAAAGAUGCUGAAUCUCAGAGUGAAAAUGAUAGCAAACGCUCUUCUGGCAUAACAGCCAUAUGGGUGGCAAGAAAUAGAUUUGCAGUAUUGGACCGCAAUCAACAGCUGGUCAUCAAAAAUUUCAAGAACGAAGUAACCAAGAAAAUACCCACAUUCUGUGAAGAAAUAUUCUAUGCCGGAACUGGAAUGUUACUCAUUCGUGAUCCAGAAUUCGUGACUCUUUAUGAAGUGCAACGUCUGGUUUCCGUUGGUUGUAUUAAGCUGGCCAAAUGUCGAUAUGUAGUUUGGUCUCCAGAUAUGUCGCUUGUAGCUCUAUUGUGCAAACAUUCCGUCACAAUUUGCGAUAGGCGUUUGCAAUACCUUUGCACAAUACAGGAGAAUUGUCGCGUAAAGUCUGGAGCUUGGGAUGACUCAGGCGUUUUCAUAUAUACCACCAGCAAUCACAUCAAAUACGCCAUCACCAAUGGCGACCAUGGCAUAAUAAGAACUUUGGAUUUACCCAUUUAUCUAACGAGAGUCAAAGGCAAUCAAGUAUUUUGUUUGGAUCGUGAAUGCCGCACUCGUGUCCUACAUAUCGAUCCAACUGAAUACAAAUUUAAGCUUGCCCUUAUUAAUAGGAAAUACGACGAAGUUUUGCAUAUGGUGAGAAAUGCUCGUUUGCUCGGACAAAGUAUUAUUGCCUACCUACAGCAAAAGGGCUACCCAGAGGUGGCCUUACACUUUGUGAAAGAUGAAAAGACUCGAUUUGGUUUGGCCCUGGAGUGUGGAAAUAUAGAAAUCGCCUUAGAAGCUGCCAAAGCAUUAGACGACAAAGAAUGCUGGGAGCGAUUGGGACAGGCCGCAUUGCUACAGGGCAAUCACCAGAUUGUGGAAAUGUGUUAUCAACGCACUAAGAAUUUCGAUAAACUUAGUUUCCUUUACCUGAUAACCGGCAAUUUGGAAAAGCUGAAGAAAAUGAAUAAGAUCGCUGAAAUUAGAAAGGACGUAUCGGCGCAGUACCAAGGGGCUUUAGUGUUGGGUGAUGUAAAGGAAAGGGUCAAUAUCUUGAAAAAUUGUGGUCAAAUGUCACUGGCCUACCUUACGGCUGCUACGCAUGGAUUAGAUGAACAGGCUUCAAACUUGGCGGAGUCAAUCACACAGGAAGGUAACGCUUUGCCUGAGAUAAAUCCGGACGCCACGUUAUUGAAGCCUCCCGUGCCCAUACAGCAAGUGGAAAGCAACUGGCCACUAUUAAGCGUCUCUAAAGGCUUCUUUGAAGGAGCUAUGCUAACAAGAGCCGGAACCAGUGCUACUGCUAGACAAGCAUUGAAUGUAAACGCUGAUGCGGCUCUUGAUGUUGGUGCAGGAGACGGUUGGGGCGCUGAUGCUGAUUUGGGUCUCGACGAAGACGGCGAUGAUGAAAUGCAUGAUGCCAUUGGCGAGGAGGGAGUUGAGGGUGUGGGUGAAGACGGAGCUGGCUGGGAUGUAGGAGAUGAUGAUCUUGUGGUCCCCGAAGAACUCGCUUCGAAAAUAAAGGCUUCCGCACUAGACAGUGGCUACUAUGCAGCUCCCAAUAGAGGAUUUUCAGCACCACAACAUUGGGCAAAUAACUCUCCAUUGGUUCUGGAUCAUAUCAAAGCCGGUUCAUUUGAAUCUGCAUUCCGUCUGCUUAACGAGCAGUUAGGUAUUGCCAAUUUCCAACCCUUCAAACAACUUUUUAUGCAAAAUUACGCCUGUUCGUCUACUAGCUUCACUGGUAUGCCCAAUUUGGCAUCUCUCUCGGCUUAUCCCCUAAGAAAUACGAACGAAUCAAACAUUAAAUUGCAGCGUCCUGCACUGGGCAUUAAAUUAAAUGAUCUUGUGCAGCGUUUACAAGCCGGUUAUCAACUGACAACUGGCGGAAAGUUCUCAGAAGCUGUUGAAAAAUUCCAUUCUAUUUUAAUAAGCAUUCCCCUUUUGGUAGUGGAUACAAAACAAGAUGUAGCUGAAGCUCAGCAGCUUUUGAAGAUCUGCACGGAAUAUAUAUUGGGUCUGAAAAUGGAAACGGCAAGGAAAGGUAUGCCCAAAUCAACGCUUGAGGAGCAAAAACGGUUAUGUGAAUUGGCCGCCUAUUUCACUCAUUGCAAAUUACAACCUGUGCAUCAAAUUCUAACCUUGCGGACGGCCCUUAAUAUGUUUUUCAAAUUGAAAAAUUAUAAGACAGCAGCCUCCUUUGCACGACGAUUACUGGAAUUGGGACCCAGACCCGAAGUGGCACAACAAGUUCGCAAAAUAUUGCAAGCUUGUGAGGUUAAUCCUGUGGACGAGCAUCAAUUGCAGUAUGAGGAAUUCAAUCCGUUUAAUAUCUGUGGCAUAAGCUACACACCUCUGUAUCGCGGCAAGCCGGAAGUAAAUUGUCCAUUCUGUGGGGCUUCUUACGACACUCAAUACAAAGGAAAACUUUGUACCGUAUGCGAAGUAAGUGAGAUAGGCAAAGAUUGUAUAGGACUGCGGAUAUCCAAUUUACAAUUUAGAUAAACUUGAGAGUUUUUGUCAACAACAAGAACUACCAAUGAUCAUAGUAUUUAAGUGUUAUUUUCCAUGCGAAUCAAUUUUCAGUACUAUGCUUGAGCUGCAUAUUUCUGUCAACUUUUGCCUCAUACAGAUGAUUUUUAUUUUAAGUUAUUGCAAGUGAUGUUUGAAACAUAAAAGGUCAAUAUCACAAUAUACAAACAUAUUAUUAAAAAUAAAGCAUUAUAAUACAAUAGUGAAA